AUGCCAAAACCGCCUAAAGCUAACGAGACUGGAGAAAGUAGCCUAACCUCGGGGAAUACCGCUGUACUACAAGCCAUUGACGCUCUGAAAUCGGAGUUACUUUCUAAAAUUGACGACAAAGCAGAAAUGCAGAAAAAUGAGCUGGCCAAACAAAUACGUAGUUUGAGAGACGAGGUGAAGGCGUCUAUUGAGCAGGCUAACAACAGAGUUAGCAUGCUGGAGGAGCGCAUGGCUAGCUUGGAGGAGGGGACCAACACGUGCUCUGAUGGCGUAACGGAGUUGGAGCAACAGGUGGCUGAACUAAAACAUCAAAUCUUGAGCCUGACAGAGAAAACUGAAGAUUUGGAAGCGAGAUCCAGAAGAGAUAAUUUGCGUAUUUUUGGGAUAAAGGAAGGCCGUGAAGGUGGUGCGAAAGUGAGCACGUUCAUUGCUGAACUCCUGCAACAUGUCCUGAAUCUGGCAACCCCUCCGGUGAUUGACAGGGCACACCGCACCAGUCCACAAACAACCAAAGCAGGGCCAAAUCAGCCACCCAGAGCAUUCGUGGUGAAGUGCCACUACUUUCAGGAAAAAGAAGCAAUUCUGAGAAAGGCUGCCUCCGAAAAACUCGUCUCUAAGGAUGGGGACACUAUCCGAAUGUUCCCGGAUUUUACGCAAAGUGUAGCACGGCAGAGAGCAGCGUUCGGACCAGCGCGACAGAUCCUGAGGCAGUGCGAAGGGGUGAAGUAUGGACUUUUGUAUCCAGCAAGAUUGAAGAUCACCACCCCCGACGGCGUGCAGCAGAUGUUCUCGGACCCGGUGAAGGCGACAGCGUUUGCCAAGGGACUGAUGGCGCCAUGA